CGGUGCUUCUACGGCGGAGAGAGAGAGAGAGAGAGAGAGAGCGUCUAAAGCACAAGAAUGGAAACUGAAAGCACGCCCAAAUUGCAACUAGCGGGCGCUAACCAGAAUCCGGACCCGAAUUCAAAGCCCAAGAUUGUGGUGAUAAUGGGUGCCACGGGUUCGGGCAAAUCCAAAUUAGCCAUAGACCUUGCUUCCCAUUUCCCCAUUGAAAUUAUCAACGCUGAUUCCAUGCAGGUUUACCGAGGGUUGGAUGUUCUUACCAAUAAAGUUCCCGUUCAUGAGCAGAAAGGAGUGCCCCAUCAUCUGCUGGGCACAGUUAGCCCAAAUGUUGAAUUCACUGCUAAAGAUUUCCGGGAUUCCGCUGUAACGCUUAUCGAUGAGAUAUGCUCUCGCAAUUGCUUGCCUGUUAUAGUAGGCGGAACAAAUUACUACAUCCAGGCCCUUGUAAGUCGGUUCUUAUUGGAUGAUCAUGCAGAAGAUCCAGAAGCAAACUGCUUAUUGGACCUUCCUGUAGAUACUGAGAAGCCAGGUUUUGAACUUGGGCUGCAAAGUGAAAAUUGUUGUUAUACUUAUAGUCAGCUUAAAGACAUUGAUCCAGUUGCAGCGAACAGAAUUCAUCCAAAUGACCAAAGGAAGAUCAAGCAAUAUCUGAGUUUAUAUGCGCAUUUUGGAAUACUUCCAAGCAAGCUUUUCCAGGGGAACACCAUGCAGAACUGGGGUCGAGCUGAUAAUUUAAGAUAUGAUUGCUGUUUUAUAUGUCUGGAUGCUUCUCUCCCAGCGUUGGAUCAAUAUGUGAACCAAAGAGUUGACCUCAUGGUUUCUGCUGGUCUACUUGAAGAAGUUCGUGACAUCUACAUGUUAAAUGCUGACUAUACACGCGGACUAAGGCAGGCAAUUGGUGUCCGUGAAUUUGAGGAUUUUCUAAAAUAUUGGAACUCUGAAUGCCUACAAUCUUCUGCUUGUCCUGAGCUGUUCAAUGGAAAUAUAUGUCAAAUCAUGGAUUCCACUGGUGACGACCAAACAAAACUCAUGUUGAGAGAAGCUGUUGAGAAAGUGAAAUUAAAUACGAGAAGACUUGUUCGACGUCAAAAGAGGAGGUUUGGUCGACUUCAAAUGCUGUUUGGGUGGAGCAUACACUUUAUUGAUGUAACAAGUUGCUUGCUAUGUGAUCCCAACAAUAUAUGGGCCUUAGAAGUGGUGGAACCAUCAGUGAACGUCAUAAAAUCUUUCCUUAACGAGAGUGCCAGUUCUGAAGCGACCAAAAGAGGUUGUGAAGAUACAAAACUAGCCCAGCGGGACCUUUGGACCCGAUAUGUUUGCCAGGCAUGCGGCAAUAAGGAGCUUAGAGGCGCUCAUGAGUGGGAGCAACAUCAACAGGGACGCAGCCAUCGGAAACGAUUAUCACAUCUCAGAAAGUCGGGGCGUCUUGUAAGAUUUGACCCAGAAAAGUAGUUUGGAUUAGUUACAAACUCAUAAUAUUUUUUUGGAAGUGACGAAUACUGUUUAUGUAUACACGGCCAAGCAGUAACAUUAUGCGGAUGGUGGAGUGGGAGUCGUAUUUUUCAGAAAAUUGUUUUCAUCCUUUCUACUUAGGAGGAGCUUUCUGAGUGAUCAUUUGUUAGUGUUGCUUCUUUGGAUCCUUUUCAGUUUUUAGGCUAAUAAGUGCUGAUCAACUCAUCUACUGAUCUACCUGUGUAAUGUUAUUGUCAACUGGGGUCUCCAACUCUUGUGCUUGGAGAUGAAAAAGAAAGGAGAAAAAAGGGAAAAAGAAAAAGAUAUUUUCUUCUUGUU